AGGGAUAUGAAUUCAACAUGAAUCAACCUUUUUGUAUAUUUAUAUCAUCGGAACGUAAAGUAUCAAAUAAAGAUAUGAAUAUUCCGAAGACUAAAAGAUUCGAGACUAAAAUCGUUUAUUGUCAUUUUGGCCGUGCUAAAGACAGAGAAAUUUGAACUCGAUUUUCCCUUUAUUGUUGUGAUGUUUCCUUUAAAAAAACUUAUGCAGUAACAUGGAUUAAUAUACAAGUUAUAGGACACUUUCUUUCGUUGAGGCACUUGGUUCCCCAGAUCACAGGUUGUGAUUACUUCAUAGAGAGCAUUAAAAAGUGUGAUGGAUCCAGCUGAAGCAAGACGGCAAUGGCUUCUACAAAAUAAACCUGUAUAUAACCAGCAGCAGCCAGGAUCCGUGUACCAUCAAAGAGAUAGUUAUAAUCCCAGGCUACCUCAACAACAGUGGAACCAUAGUAAUAGAGGACCAAAUAUUCCAAGACAGAGUAGGCCUACUUUAAGGCCAUCUGGUCCACUUCGACCAUCAGGCCCAUUACCAACACAAAAUUCAUCACCUUUGAGGCCAUCUGGUCCAUUGCCAACACAAGAUGCACCAAGGUUAAGGCCUUCUGGCCCACUCCGACCAUCAGGGCCUCUACCAACUAUACGACAGACUACCCCCCAGUUAAGACCAUCUGGUCCUUUAAGGCCAUCCGGUCCUUUAAGGCCAUCCGGUCCUUUAAGGCCAUCCGGUCCAAAUGUUCCCAGAGGAACUACCCCAAAUAUUGAAAAAUCGCAAAAUACCCAAACAGAGCCGAAAACUACUGAAUUACUUAAAAACUCUAAUGAAUCAAGCAUAGAAGAUCAAUCUGUUAAGAAAGAGGAUACAGAGGUGAAAGGAGGGGAAAAUAAAUGUGGAUUAUGCAAUGUCGAUUUUAAGGAUGAGGCAGGCUAUAACCUACACAUUAAGGGUGUUCUUCAUACACAAAGAGCUGCUGAUGAGGAAAAAAGCAGGAACAGCCCUGAAGAGGAAAAGGACAAAAACAGCCAUGGAUCUAGUCUCCAAUCAAAUAUUGAUCCUAGCAGUGAUUCUUGUGACAAGGAACCUACAAAGACUGUUUCUGAGUCUACUGAUAGUAAAGAGAAGGGGAAAGAAGCAGAAAAGAAUGGAGCAGGUGAUGAGAAACAAGAGGAAGAUGAUGACUGGAAGUGCUGUACUGUCUGUAAUGUGGACUUCACCACUAAAGGAAAUUAUCACAUCCAUAUGCGAGGAAUCCUGCACAUGCAGAGGGUACUAGAAAACGACAAGAAGGAAAAUCCAAAGAAUUAUGAAGAAGUUCCAGAAGAACCUCAAACAAUGCCUGUUGCCAUAAAGAACAAAAAUUGGGAAUCGGCUCAGUCCCGUAAUCUGACCCCGAAAGAUUUCUCCAGUAGCAGCUGUGAAUUUUACUGUGAGAUUUGCAACAUACCCUGUUCAAGUUUGGUGGUAUACAAUGAUCAUAUUGCUGGACAGAAGCAUCAAAAGAAACUGAAGCUGAAUGAUGUCAAUGUUCAAUCUGUUCAAGACGCUGAUGAUGGAAGAGGAAAAUCCAAAAAGAGGUCACUUAGGAUCCAAAAGGAAAUUGAUCGUUCAAAAGAGGCUUUGAUUGGACUUGAUUAUAUUGUUGAAUUCCAACGUGAGUCAUUGGAUGAAGAGGCUAGAUAUGUUUGUGAGCUUUGUCAGUCAAAGAUGGACCCACGCCAGGUCCUGAUGCAUGUCACAGGAUUAAGGCAUAGACAGAAAUACAUGAAAUAUCACUAUGUAAAAUACUAUGAUAAGUUGGUCAGUGCGAGUGAGAAGAAAUCUAUCAGAACCAGAAUUGUAGAGGGAUAUUCUAAGAUUAUAGAAGAAGAUGAAGGGCGACAAUAUGUUAGACUUCGCCUAGAAAUUAAUCCAUUUAAAUCCAAACCUUCCGAUCAACCAAGUGAAAUAACAUGGGAAGAAGUCAGUGAUAACCGAAAGAGAAAUCUCCCUGGCAUCAAACAGGUGAGUGAGUAUGAAGAAGAAACUGAUCCUAACCUAACGGAUGAGGAGAGAUUUUUACAGAAGAAACGUGAAGAGCAGGAAAGAAUGGAUAAACAAGAGGAGAAAGAAUUAAGGGAUCGUUUUGUGAUAUACAGCAGGCAUAAGGAUGAAACUAGGGCUGAGUAUGAGUUGAGAUAUCAACAGUGGCUAGACAAAAGGCCACGGCCUCUUCCUGGUGAGACUAGAAUGGGCCAUGAUAGAAGACAUCGUUUAUGGCUACGCGAUCGACCAUUCCCAUAUCUUGAGGCAAGGGAUCUCUUCAUUGCCUGGUACAGGAAGAGGGGUAGACCUGUUCCACAAAUACCUGGAGAAGAUCCCAUAGAAAGUACUCCACCCCUGAGAGCUAGAUCUCCACUUCCCCAAAGAGCUAGAUCCCCAUCUCCAAGAGGGAGAUCCUCUCCUCCUAGGGGCCCACCUCCAACAAUGAGAGGAAGAUCCCCUCCGCUAAAAUAUCCACAAACAAGGCCGAGAUCCCCGGGCUAUCCACAAAGGUCAAGGUCACCUGGUUAUCCACCAAGAGGAAGGUCAAGAUCACCAGGUUAUCCACCAAGAGGAAGGUCAAGGUCACCUGGCUAUCCUCCAAGAGGCAGAUC